CGGCAGGAAACUCCCGAGAGCAUGGGUCCUGCCACAACCCCUGCGGCCCUGCCCUGCGAUCCCGCAAAACAGUCCCCACUUGCGUCGAGCUAACGUUCCGCGACAUGUUGUAACUUUUGGCGCCGUGAACCUGCCGGCUCGCGCGUUCCUCCGUCGUGGCAUCCGAAUGCCACCGCAACCCUCACAAGACUCGAACAAGGUGGGAGACCAGACAUCAUGGCAGCCAAAGAAGACGAGAGGGAAACCUCGCCGUUAGACGAUCUGUCCGACAUCCAGAGCACCAGUAGCAGCGAUGCCGAAACCGACGCAGCGACGCCUGCACAGGUCGAGUGGCUCGCUACGUCGCGCGCAAGACGGUCGACGGCCGGGAACCGGAUGAGGUCGAUGCUCGCCAAUGAAAAGCCAGCCGCCGAGGAUGACGAGCUCGAGCUACUCUUUGCCGAAGACGACGACGAUGCAGGCUUCAGCGACGACGAUCAAGCUGACGCGUCCGACGUUCAGAUGGACUCGUCUUCAGACGACGAAGACAAGGAAGACAAUGGCGACGACCUGGAGGGAGAAAAAGAGCUGCUGCGACAGGCGCGGGAGAAACGCAUAGCGGAGCGCAAACGCAAAGCCCAAGAAGCCAUCCCCGCCAAGUUCAGGAAGAAGGUCCGUAUUGAGCAACCCGCUGCCCGACCACCGCGACCUAAGAAGAAGUCGGAGAGGACAAGCUGGCUGCCGUCCCCAGCGGACAUGCCGACGCGCGCCUCGGAGCGCCAUACGACCCGGAUAAGCAAACAGCAGCUCCACCAGAAGAUGGUCUCCGACGAGCUCAGACGGAGGAAGCAGCUGGAGAAAAUGGAGAAGAAGGCUAAGAUGCUGGAAGCCAUGAAGAAGCCACCAAUGACACAGGAAGAGCGUCUCGCCGAGGCGGCCGUAGUCGAGAAGAGGAAUCUGAAAAGCUUGAACCGAUGGGAGGAGGCCGAGAAGCAGAGGGAAGAGGAGCGCAUGAGGAAGAUCGCCGCGCUGAAGGGCCGAAAGCUCGACGGGCCGGUUGUGACGUUUUGGAGCGGCAUCCAGGAGUUGCAAGAGGGCCAGAGCAAACACGUCGGCAACCUGGUCUCGAUGGAGGAGAAGGCGCCCAGGAAGAAGCGACAGUCUGCUGCGGCUGCUUUGGCUGCGAAAGAGGCCGAGACGGGGCCAUCCACGCCCGCCACGCCGGGAGAAACAUCGGGCGCAAAUACCGUCGAACCACCAGGGCUCAAGUCAGAGCAGCCCGAUACACCAGGUCCAUCAGACACGCAACGCUUACCUCAGGCUGUCGCUGCUAGUGAUUCCGGUCAGAAGACAUCGCCCGAGGUAACAGCGCCGGCGCCGGCGCCGGCACCAACCCCCAUGGCCCCUCCCCCCAUACCUCCGCCGCCAGACACGAGAGCAGGGAGCUCGGGGGUACUCGCUGCACCUGUUCUAGCUCCGCCAGCUGGCAUGGCCCCGCCUACGCUGGGCGGGCAGAUGUCCAUGCUGGGAUAUCACGCCGGAACGAAAUCCGUACUCGCGGCCCCGAAUGCUGCACACACCGGCUCGCCUUUGUCCAUGCCUCCGGCUACACCAUCUUCCGCCAUUCCUUCCCCAGCUCCGCCAAUCGUUGCGGCACCAAUGGCGUCUACUCCGAAUUCCAAAGCUACCAUUCCACCACCGCCGCUACCUUCGACCCCUACGAUCAACCCCUUACAGACGCCCAACACAAAAGUACAUCCGCCUUCUGCAAAACCGCCAGACACGCCACAAGAAGCACCCCCGUCAGCGGCCGAGCCUCCCCGUGAAAGCAAGGUAACGCGCAGCUGCAUCAUCCUCCAGAACUUCGACGACCACGCCAUCAAGGACAAGCAGGUGCAGACGCAGAUUCUAUUCGGCAGGAGGAUGAACAAACUCGCGAAGCCCGCCCAUCCUCCGCUCUGCGUAAUCACCAACCUCCCCGCCAAGUAUCGAGACCCUAAGACGGGGCUGCCGUACUACAACAGCUAUGCCUACCGCGAGAUCCAGCGCGUCCACCGCGGCGACUACAAAUGGAGCCGCCUGAUCGGCGCCUGGGUUGGGAGGGGGGACUAUGCCGCCCGCGGUGUGCCCGAAGGCUUCCUGGAUCCGUCCAAGGUGCCGAAGGCCGCGCAGCCGAUCUUGGCUCCUAUUGAUGACGAUGUCGAGACGAAGGUUGAGGAACAAGACCCGAAGGAUGCGGAGGAGCCGAGGUUGGAGCCAGCUGACGGAGUGAAGGGGACGGAGGCAGCCGAGGCCCCCACUGCGCAGCCGGUGGAAACAUAAAUGUCCUUGUUACAGCAUGUCUGCGUGAAGUCCGGAUACACUUUGAAGGUCAUAAAGCGUAGAGAAGAAGCGUCUUGAAAAAGCAAUCCCAUCACUCAUCAUAGUUAU